CGCUACAGAAAACGCAGGACGCUCAAAAGCUAAUUGAGUAUUCAAUUCGAUGAAACUCUUCGAUAAUAGCCGCCCUCGAGGACGUCCCGAUGCUCCAUCGGAAGCUAAUUAAUCACGUUCGCUUCGAGUUGAACGGCUUCGAGGAGACAAUCGAGCCGCGACCUAAGGCCACCCGAAAGAUCGCCGAGUUCCCGAUUCGUUCGUAGUCGAUUCACCGGAAAAGAUCCCGUCCGAUCCCCGUCAUUUGGCUGUCGCGUCCCGUCAUCGAGCUUGUCGAAAGUUUGACCAUUCACGGGCGAAAGUUCCGAAGCAAGUAUUCAUCGAGUUUCCACAGCAACGACCCAACUCGAACGAUGGUACAGCUGAGCGUGGAAGGGCGUCGAGGAUGAGAACCCAAGAAGUUCGAUAGAAGCCUUAAUCUGGCGUUCCGACGGAUCCCCGAGUCCGGAACUCGCUUCGCCACACUUGUGACGACCUAGACCAGCGUUUCGGUGACUUUGGCGCCUUGAACUCGACGAAUUCUCGACGGGAGGGGGAUCUCCCUCGAUCUCUCUCCGACCAAGUUCUCCUCGAGGAGAGAAGAUCCUAACAUUAUACAGGCUAUUUCCACGACGUUUCGCAACCGCCAUUAAGCAAAUGGUAGGCAUCAUCUCCGUGGCGUGUUUCGCGCGCACUCGAGCGAAAAAGUCGAUUCUAGUCUGCCAGGCGCACUUAACGCGACGUCUCGUUCGCGUUGAAACGUGACUCCUCGUAAAAUCAACUUGCGAGCUACGUGCCCGGGGUAUCAACAGACAAGGCUCGUAACUGUCGCGGGACGCCGGCUCGGGAUAAGUCUGAAGGACGACCUUUCCUGGGGAUGAAUAACCCUGACGAAGAACCUAGACGGCAAUAAAAGUCCGAUCCAGCGCUGGACUGAAAUUUAUCCAGGUUCGUUAGCGGACCGGGGGGCUGCACGGAGUAUUACGACGACCACAGACUCCCCCUAAGACGCGAGGAAUCGAAGUUUCGAAAGACAAUAAGAAAUCCGAUUUCCGAAGCGGGAGCUCGUAAUCCAGAAACCGCUCGAACGUCGUAGGUCAAGGAGCCCGCGGUAAGUUGCCACGAGUAUUCGGUCGCGUGGGUCCGUUACCUGUGCAUCGAUCAUUCGCCAGGCACCAUAGAGACACGAGAAGAAAAACAACGAAGGGAAAGAGACCGUGGAAUACUUUUCGACUGUUAAAAGUUCUCGAAGAGAUCGUCGAAACGGACGCUAAUGGUCUCUCGGGGCGCAGAGUAUAGCCUACCAGCGAAGCGCUGCCAAGGGUAACGAGUUUCCGACCUAAGUGCAAAUAACGUUCAUCCCUGGAUCUCUCUUUCCCGAGAGAACACGCUCGACGGUACAGUAGUUGCAAACAGUUCCACGAAUCGAAGAACUUGGAACCGUUUACCCGAUAAACAGACCUGGUGUACUUAUACGAUAAACUCCCCGAUCCACGAGAUCGGGAGACGUAACUCCGCCAAGCUCACGGUACCUAUUGAUCAUCCCGUGAAUCUCGUCGGUAGGAUCGGGGAUCGACUCUGUCCAGGUGGGCCAAAGAGUGGAAGCUUUGAUGAAUAAGCAGAGAAAAGGGAGCAGGACCAUAAACAGAGCUGGAUUUCCAGAUAAGUCACCGUAAUUCCGUCACGUUCCGACUCUUUGAUCGAUGGUCCAGCCCGUGAAUCUCGCUUGUCGGUGUUCAACAAACAUCCGAGGACCAACGCUGUCCGAUCGGCCUGGCAAGCCAGAAGCUUCGAUAAACAUAGCGGGAAAAGAGACCAGAACUCUAAACAGACCUGGAUCUCCUGGUUGCUGAGAUCGGUCAACAAAGCUACGUCACCGUUGGACUCGUCCAUCGUUCGUCAGUCUUCGACAAACAUUGGAGGAUCGAGAAUCGCCGCUGCCUGGUCGGCCAGGCAGGCGAAAGGGUGGGAGGUUCGAUAGAUAAGGAGGUUGAAGGGGUGUGGAAGCGGAGAGGCGAUCUGCGAAGCUUGGCGCACAGGUUGAGCACCGGCAGCGGAAUCGGACGCUACGCAAUUGGUUCGUUCGGUCACGGUGGGGCAACCGGGCCCAGCGGUGGCGGGCCUGUGGAGGGGUUCACCGGCGCUGAGGGCACGGACCCCGUCAACGGUUGCCUAGGUGGGCCGCAGCCGGUGGUGGGGUCUAGAAGCGGCGCGGUGUCCGCGUCCGCUGGCGCCUCAAGCCGCAGUGUCCUAAGUCGGCGGCCCAGUCGCGACUUAAGCCCGUCCAAGUCGUCCGAGGGCCAGGAUGCGCCCACCCACGGGGGCGGGGGUGGUGGCGGUGUCGGUACCGCAUCCGGUGCUGGCGCAAUCCCUUCCGGACAAGAUUGGCGAAGGCUAGUCGGCAGCAUCAGACGCAAGGUCAGCCGGAAGACUACCCAGAGCAGCGCCAGCAUCUCCGAGGCCGGUCUUCAAGAGACCAACCGCAAUCAAGAUGACUUUCUCAAAGCCACCAUGAGAAUCUUCCUGGUGGUGUCGCCACCGAUGGGACGUGUUCAGGUGCGUUCGAGGUCGUUGACCCAACUGGACGCUCUGGGCGGCAGCAUGCUGGACACGGGAGAACAUCUGGGGGGUGGUCCCUCGCAACAGCAAUCCCAUCACCUUCACCACCAUUACCAACCUCAGCAACUGCAGCACCACCCCCAAAGUGUCGAAAGUAAUCCGCGUUUUCUCGUGCCUAGCGCAGCGUCCGUCGAGGGUACCCACCAGAACCGUACCAGGCACAAGCUGUCUCGGUCGCAGGUCUCUAGCAGUGAGUAUUUCAGCGUCAGUUUCGACCUGUCCGACGACUCCGGAUCUUUGGACAGAGACGAGCUUCUACCAGCUGCGAAAGGGACAUGCUUAGCGGACGCCCUGCUCACAGCUUGUGACAAACGUGGCAUAGACCUGUCGCGUAUCGAGGUUCACGACGGUGUUUCAUCGCCAUUACCGAUUCUGACGACGGACACAGCGAGCCUUGGUGGAAAACAUCUUCGAAUAACAGUCAAGGACAACGAGAAACCGAACUCGAGAUCGACGGGUCAGAGGGUUGGCCAAAGCGUAUCCUUGAGGAAAACAGGCGGGAGCUAUCGAGGUCGCAGCGGUCGCUUCUUCAGCGUCUCGACGGAAGACUCGAGCGUCGAUUCCGAGGUAAGCUGCAGCACGACGCUGACGUCUGGUCGGAGCUCUGCUGGGGCUGCAGGGCUCAAGACCAGCAAGCAGCGCUGGAGCGGCUUCUUCACGAACACGAAGGGCAACAAGCUGGACCUCCUCACCGCUCAACUAGACGACUACAAUAAGCACGGUGUCCCGAAGCUCACGGAUGUUCAACUACCCUACGAACUCUCUAUCAACGAAGAUGCCUUGUACGACUUAGAAGACGACUGGCGCGACAUUGUAUACAACUCGGACCAACUUUCGGAGAAGCAGCAGCAGCAACAGACUGCUUUGUGGGAGUUAGCUCAAACGGAAGUAGCGUACAUCAAGACGCUGAAGGUCGUCACAGACCUCUUCAUGGCGUGCCUCUGUAGCCUGCAGGCCUCGAAUAUCCUGACCGAGGUCGACAGGAGCAAGCUCUUCAGCAACAUCCCUGAGAUCUAUGCCGCCAAUCUCUACUUUUUGGCCGAGCACGUCCUGGCGAUGGUGAACACGUCGAGGGCCACUAGACAACCGCUCGAUCCUGGUCAUCUUCUGCAAGGUUUCGAGACCUUCGAGCAAACGUUCGCCCCGUACACCAGGUACUGCGCCGAGCAGAGCAGGUGUCAGCAGUACUGCAGGGACCGAUUCAACGAUAAUCAACUGUUCACGGUCUAUCUGGUGUGGUGCGAGACUCAGAAGGACUGCAAUCGACUGAAGCUACUCGACAUAUUGGUGAAGCCUAUGCAGAGAUUGACCAAGUACUCCCUCCUACUCAAGGCCGUUCACAAGAACACGGAGAACGAGGAGCAACGAAUAGAAUUGACACACAUGAUCAAAUCUGUGGACGACUUCGUGGCGUCCGUAAACGCAGCCUUGAAGAGGAGUGAGGAGACCGCACGAUUGGCCAGUGCGGCGUCUCGCAUAGAGUGCUACGACGUGGUCGAAUCUCGAGACGAAGAAUUAGAAAAGCUGAUCAAGAUUCACAGUACGUUCGACAUUACCACGGCGCCGAUACCAGGUUGUCCAAAGGACACGCUGAGAGUUCUUCUCCGCGACGGAGACUUGAAGCUCAGGGACGCUGCUAGCAGCAAGAUGGAGGUCCACGUACUGCUGCUAACCGACAUGUUAUUGAUCUGCAAACCAUCGACCAAGAAGACCUCAUCCAGUGGGCUGACUGGAACCACCGGUGGUGGUUUGAAGAUUAUCAGACAGCCGUACGUGAUCGACCGCAUCCGCAUACACGAGCUCAAGGAGCCAACCAGCUUGGGAUUGAUUUAUCUGAACGAGUACGGAGCGACAUCGGCUGCCCUAGUCCUCAGUGCUGGCGAAUCAAAACUGGCGAAGUCUUGGAUGGAAUCCAUAAGGAAAGCUCAGCAACAAUUCGCGCUGAUGAAGGUACCACCGCUAGGUAACACCUUGAACUUGGCGACUGUCAGCAGACAGCCCAGCACCCACCUAGGUGACAUCGAUUUCGAAGGGGAAGAAUGCGAGGCGAUUCUGAAGACGCCUCGAGGAAGUAGCAGGGCGUCGCGCGUCAGCAGCCUUGCCCACAGUCACAGUCGCGAAACGACUUCCAGCGGAAGCAUAGAGAUGGAGGGAGUGUCUCCGGGAAGCAGCAGCUUCCUGCCCAGUUACAAUCAAAGCAGAAACGUUAGUGUGGAGACCACCGAGCUACCGCGAGCUUCGAGCGUGUCGUCCGAGGAGGGCGGCGAAAGUUCUGGGCACAACCACAGACCCCUACAAAUAAGUCCUAACAAAUUUGAUAAUAGACGAUACCUGCCGAGUAAGUCACCGACGCCCAACACGCUGAGUGUCCAAGUACCACCAUAUUCUAGCUUGGGCCAAUCGCUGCCAAACUUGACUUUAGCUACUUCGCCACAAACUUCGACCGUAUCUCCGACACCGCCAAACUCGCUUCUUAUCGUACCCCAAAUAACAAAGAGCAAGGACACUUUGCUUUCACCAGGGCACCGAGGUAUCUCCUAUCCACCACCGUCACCCCCGAGAGGGGCUCUAAGAAGAGCGUUCGCGAUUCCGCAAUCGCGAAAUCCGCCUCUCGUUAAAACGAGACACAUAAGCUCGUCUGUGACGCAGACGGUGCAACCCACGAUGAACCUGGAAACAGAAGCCAUCGAGGAGAGAAGAAGGAGGCUGGAACCUUCGCACAGGAUGCCAUCGACGAGCAGCAUCGCGGAAGAAAAGAAAUGACAAGAGCUGGGAUACAAGAGUAACCUACCGAAAAGGUAAAUUGCUACGGACCAUCCGCAUUUGAUAAAGGGUGUACGUGACAACGUCGUGUUUAGAAACAAGAUGUUGCUUUCUGUUGUCUAUAUGCAAGUGCUGCACACACUUUCAUGCAGAGUCAGAAACGGGUUCAAAUAAUCGGAAAGGAUUCAACUUGAGUAGGCGAACGUCUCGUACUCCCUGUGCCUACAAUAUGAAUCGAGCAAUUUUACAAUCGAUUGGGGCCAUUCGAAAUCAACGUGAAGUUUGUACCAUGACUGUAUCAUUGUAACUUAUUGAUUAGCCACGUAACUUCUAGAUCUCAUUUUGUAAUUAACAACGUGGCGAUUGAAACGGCCACGUUCAAUAUUACCCUAGUUCAUUUAGAAUUGUAAGCGAUGAACAGAACAGAACAAAAAAAAAAAAACAGGCCUACAUAGUGUAAUUACAAUUACGACUAUUUAACGUGAUUUAAGUUUAGAUGACUAUAACAGUUGGAGUUAAGAUGCCUCUAGUGACCAUUUUCAAACUAAAAAAAAAAACGAGUUUCGUGAUUUAACGAUAACGCAGGUGCGAUCAUUAGGCGAAAGAACGCACGUAGCGAAAGUCACACUUUUUCGUAGAAGAAACAGUUGCGCUAAAUCCCUCGUACAAAGCUUCGAUAAAAUAUAAUUACAUGUGUGAGGAGGAUACGAGAAAACGUUAAAGCGGGGAAAAACGUUUACGUUAAGUACAAAUUCGAUUUCGCAAUAUUUUGUUCGAGAGACUGAACUGAAGAAUCGGGCCGUCGAUGAAUGUCACCUAACUAGAGACAACAAUAUUUAGAAAGAAAACAAGAGCAAUGAUUUUAUACGAGCUCCUCAUGUAAGAUUUCUUUCGACCCUCAAAUUUGUGCAGCUUGCAUUAAGCUUAAACGUGUUAACUAUCAUAAAGAAUAUCGAUUGUGCGUGUAUGUACGAUCACUCACGAUCAAGGUCAAAAUAUAGUACAUAAUUUAUUAAC